UGGGCUGUGUGCAGUGUGGUGCCUGGGGCCCUGCGCUCCUGCUUCUGCUUCUGCGUGCUCCUGCGUGCUCCUGUCCUCCUGUCCUGUCGUGUUCCCUGGCCCUUGCACCGCACCUUCUCUCCCUCAAUCCCCGACGGUCCCUGUUUUUCUCCGGUCCCACGUCCUCUUCCGACGUCCCCGUGUUUUCCUUCCAUUCCCUUCACUUCAUUUCAUCGUCCCUCGUUCCUACGACCUACGACCAACCAGUUGAUUGAACCGCAUCUCUCCCCCCCUUCCGCUCCCUUUGCUCCUCACCAGCGUCUUCGAUAGCAGAUACACCACAAUCAUUUCGAGAUGCAGCUUCGAGGGCUCCUUUUCCUGGGCCUCCUCGCCGGCACCGAGGCCUCGCGGAUCGUCCGACGCCAGGAUGCGACUGGCAGCUCCGGCUCUGGCGACAGCGCUGUUCAACCUACCGCCGCCGACACGACCGCCGAUUCCGUGAGCAGCACCGAUGCCGUCGUCGUCUCCUCCUCCACCACCAGCGUCGAUGAAACCACCUCUAGCAGCGCGCCCGCGGACGACACCACCAGCAGCUCUCAGGCCGACAUCACCACCUCCGAUUCUGCCGACACAACCAUCACUCGAACGAUCACAGUGACAGACUCGAGCGCCGCCACAAUCACCAAAAAGUCCACGGUCCAGAAAACUGUCACUUCCACCGUGGUUGUUUACUCUACCGCAUUCAAGACGGAGACCGUGACAAGUUCGGGAGAAACGGCUACUAGCACCGUCUAUGAGACGUCAACUACGUGGACCAACGAGAAGCGUGACCUCGCCCCUCGCACUCUCGCCCUCGACGACUAUGUAUUUGUCGAUGCCAAGCCUACCGCCGCCGCUGAGCUCCCUCAGGAGGAUGAGUUUGAUCUCAAGGCUCUCCUUCGACGAAACCACCUUGCCAAGCGCGCCACGAUCACAGACACAGUCACCGUCACCGUUGGCGGCGGUGAUGGAAAGACAGUUACAAAUGUAGUGACUCAGACCGUGGUUUCAUCGACCAGCAGCGUCUCCAAGGUCACCAAGACAGUCACGGAGACCGAGGCCGCUGGAGCAAGCACCACCAUCACAGUCACCAGCACUCUGGUUAUCACAUCGACCAGGGUGACGACUGGUGUUGUGGCUACGCAAUCGGUUGCCGAGACCAGCAGCGCCAGCAGCUCCAGUGACAGUAGCUCCAGUAGCAGCAGCAGCAGCAGUGGCCUCUCCACGGGCGCCAAGGCCGGCAUUGGCGCUGGUGCCGGUGUCGUGGGCCUCGCCGCUCUGGGUAUUAUUCUCUGGUGCUGCCUCAAGAGGCGCAACAAGCCUUCCAAGUCAGAGAUUGACGACAUGUUUGGCUCCUCCGAGGUGCCCGUUGGUGGUCGCGGUGGUCAUGGCACUUCCCCUCACAUGGCUCACGCCAACCACGGCUCGGAGUCUGGUCUCGCCCCUGGUCGCCUACCUACCAUGAGCUCAACCGCUGAGGGUUACCGUGGCACUGCCAUUGGUGACGGCCGCACCGGCUACGCCAAGCCCAACACCUACGGUGCCGCCUACAACGGUGUCAGCCCCGAGACGACUUACUCCCGCACCGCCACCAAGAGUCCCGGAGGAGACGACCAUCUUCCUGAGCACCCCAGUGCCGCCGAGAUGCACAGCCCCGCCAACACUGCUGAGCUCGGCACCGACAACCUCGCCGCGGCCAAGUGGCACCAGCCUAACGCUGCCGAGAUUGACAGCACCCAAGUAUCGAGCCCGCGGGGAUCAGAGCCCGCAGAGCACGUGUACGAGAUGCCUGCCCAGCCGUACCGAUAAACUGAGCGUUUCAGUGUCGGGAACUGCCCGAUACCACGGACACUUACGACUGAAGAUUCAAGAGGGUUAGAGUUCCCGGGGGAUAUACCGACAAGGAGCCCUGAGGGAAAGGGAUAAUAAUGUCAGAUACUGUACAUACGAUGUAAAAUCUUUCCUUGUGUCAAUGCAUGGAGCUUCCACAGCGGAUGGUGGAGGUGGUUCUGCGUCUCAAACUCACCUAGCUGUACGCUAGUUUUCUUACUUACCUAUCUAUCUAACUACCUACCUACCUACCUACACUACACUAUACUGCGAUCUUGAGGGCAAUUCUUUGGUUAACGCCUGGAUUAGUUUGGGGCAAAGAAGGGUUGAAAAGGGGAGCUUCGAAUCAGAAUAGUUUUUUCUCUAUGUUAAUUGACUU